GUGUUGUGGCGGGUUGAGGUGAGUGAUUCCUCACAAAGUUUUGAGGGUUUGACCAAACUUAGCCAAAAACAAGGUUUUGUGUUUUUAUUUGUUUUAUUUUUCGUUUUUAUUCGGAAUUGACAGGUCUACUUUCAAAUGUUGCUGGCGGAAGUGAAAAAGCUGAAAGUGGCCGAGUUGCGGGCCAUGUUAACGGAGAGAGGAUUGGACUCGAAAGGCCUAAAGGCCGAGCUGGUGGUUCGGCUCUUAUCUGCAAUUGAAUCCGGUGUUGAACCCCUCAAAAGUGGAAAUGAAGGGGAAAUUGCUUGUGAAGCGACGGAUCAGAUGAAUAAAACGCCUGCUGAAGAGCUGCAAAAGCCGCGUCUUUCGGAAUAUAAACAGGGCAAGGAGUCACCGCCAAUAUGCACUAGUUCCUCCAAAAAGAGUGUGCAUACUUCUGAUCAAAGCACACAAACUGAGCCACUACAGCUUUGCUCAUGCAUUGCCCCUAUAGACAUAACAAAACAACUGACCUCGCAGACUGUUGUAACAGAUCCCUGCAGUUUACAACAGUCAGCCGCUAUUGUAGAUCACGUCGUCUUGGCAACCGCUGCUACAGAGGAGAAUGCAGAGUCAGGAUGCACAACAUCGGUCUUUGCCAUUUCAGAGCCAGUAGCACCACAGGAACAAGACCAGAUACACCAUAGAGAUCCAGAUGGACCUGAGACAGUGGGUACCACCCUGGAGGAAAGUAUGGAGAUGAAGAGGCCUCAUGAGGAGAGGGGCAGAGAUUAUUAUGAGUUUAAAGAGGACAUUCAUUACAAAAGAGCUAAGACACCAGAGCCGCUGAUGGAAACUGGAGAUGAUGCUGAAAUAGAUUUUGAAGAUGUUCGACUUGAUUUCUAUAACUGUGACCUGCAUUUUGAAGUGGGUUCGGAUGGAAGCAGCGGACAACCUCUGUUCUGGGAGAAAUUCCCGCUGCUCUGGUCAGGGUGUAGGAUGACCCACGGAUUUUGUCAAGGAAAGGUUGGAUUCGAAGCCAAGUUUAAGCAUUUGUCGGCACCUGCAUUAGGCACAAGUUAUGAUCCCGAUCUGCACAUGCUCCGAGUGGGCUGGUCGUUGGAGAGCACAAGCCUUCAGUUAGGAGAGGUGAAGUUGUCGUAUGGUUUUGAUGGACGGGGGAGAAUAGUAACAGGAGGAAAGGAAGAGGAAUUUGGUGAGCCCUUCUCAGAAGGAGAUGUCAUCAGCUGCUUUGCUUUCAUCAGUGAGAAAGGAGAGGCAACACUUUCAUUUCACAAGAAUGGGCGAUCUCUUGGAGUGGCAUUUCAAUUGACUUCUCUUACUCUUGGAGGUCAAGCUCUCUAUCCCCACGUACUUUGCAAAAACUGCUCGGUUUCUGUUAAUCUAGACCCAGAGACUACUUGGCAUCCUUUUCCCGCUGGUUUCAGCACACUGUUUACCCUUCCUCCUGGUCAAAGGACUCGUGCCCCUUUGCCAAAAGCAUCUAAAAAGGAUUGUGAGGUGUUGAUGAUGGUUGGUAUGCCUGGUUCUGGUAAGACCCACUGGGCUCAGGCUCAUAUGGCCCAAUACCCAUGGAAACGUUACAAUCUUCUGAGUACGAACUCUGUUUUGGAAUGCAUGAUGGUGCCCCCUGGUGCCAAUCACAGAGAGCUGAUUCUGCAACAGGCCACUCAGUGUGUCAGUCAGCUGAUCAGAUUAGCUGCAACCAAGCGGAGGAACUACAUCCUUGACCAGGCCAACAUUUAUCCAUCUGCCCAGCGACACAAGAUGCUCUGUUUCCGUGGUUACCAGCGAAGAGCAGUGGUGGUUUUUCCAUCCGAUGAAGUAUGGAGAAGACGUCUCUUACAGCACCAGGAGGAGGAGGGCAUGGCGAUUCCACAAAUGUCUCUUCUCAAGGCCAAAGUGAGUUUCACACUACCAGAGCAGGGAGAGCACCUAGAUGAGGUUAUGUUUGUGGAGCUUGGCUUUGACGAGGCCCUGAAACUCUUAACAGAUUAUAAAGAGGAAGCACGCAGCCAUCUACCCACCCCUCCCAAGCGCAAAAAGCACAGGCACGGAAGCCAAAAACACCUCAUCCAUCAUUAUGGAUGGAGAGGAGCACCAUUGAGCUGUCAGUUACACAAUCAAAACUCAUUCCAGAAAUGUCAUGGUCGGCAUCUGUUUGCUUUUGGUCAGUCUUAUGGAUGCAGCAGCGACCCACAGAGAUACCGGAAGUAUUAUAGACCAUAUACUGGACAGUGGAACUUGUCUGACCAAAACCAGAAUUAUGGCAACCUAAAUUAAUGCUUUUCAACAUAAGACAGCUUUUGUUAAUCACUUUGCUGUUUUUAAUGAAAAAUGAACUAUGCUUUUUUUUAUUUUUUUUUUAUUAUUUAGAUGUUCCUUUUUUUUUUGUGAUGUCAUUCCUUUUGAAAACUGACUUUUACUAUACACCCAAAACUGUUAGAGCACAUUUGUGCCAAAUGAAGAGGUCUUGAACAUUUGUUCAUAGUUUUAUUUUAAUAUGAAAAUAUGUUGAAUUCAAAUUCACUAAGGGGUCUGUUUACAAAUGAAUACAUUAUAUAGAAAACUAUGGAAAAUAUUUUACAUGCAAUCAACACAAGAACUUUUAUGUAUAUUGAAAAUGGCUAAACCUUUUACCACUCACUAGUAUACAAAAUAGAAGACAGUAUAAUCUUGAGUUUUAUAUAUAUAUAUAUAUAUAUAAUAAAAUGCAUUGAUUUAUGAAAGGUGUCAGAAAUACAAGAAAUUCUAAGAUAUAAUCAGGCCUAACUUUUGAAAUAUACAGACUGUGUCUUGUAAUCAGUUCUCAUGUUAUGCCAACUUGUAUUUUCAUUUUUCUUGCAUGUUUUUGCUCAUGAGUGAUUAUGUAAAAAGCUCAAAAGGAUGGUGUGGUGAUUGAUUUAAUUGUAUUAUACAAGUUGACCUUACGCUCAAUUAAGAAACAAUAUAUCUGUGGAUUCAUGUGCCUCAGGACCCCCACAUCUGUAGAAAUCUCUAAGUUCCUCUGUUGUCAAAGAGCACCUUGACAGAUUAAAUGACACAGUGGAGUAUUGUAGAUAAAUGAUUCAUCCUCAAGAUUUUUAAGAUUAAGACACCAUAGUCUGGGUAAAUCACAGUUCUGAUUAAUGAAAAUAAAAACUCAACACUUGAGUUGGCCUGCACUGGUGUGGUUCAGCACUAUUCCCAUGAUCAAAGGUUUACAUAAGGAACUUUCACCUGUAGUGAGACGAAGUAAAUCUAUAAAAAAAAGUAAACAGACUAUG